AUGGCGAGAGCGGGCAGGAUGAUGAUGGCGAUGCCAACGCUGCUGCUGCUGCUGCUGGCGCUGCUACUGCCGGGCCAGACGCGGGCCUCGUCCGGCGGCUCCGGCGGUUCCUUCCAGCGCGCGCUGGUUCUAGACAUGGCCCGGGUUCUGUUGGAGAACUACUGCUUCCCGGAGAACCUCCACGGCAUGCAGCACGCCAUCACGCAGGCGCUACGCAGCGGCGAGAUCACGAGCAUCACGGACCGCAGAACGCUGGCCGCAGUGCUGUCCGCCGGGGUGCAGGGCGCCCUCAACGACCCCCGGCUGGCCGUGACCUUUGAACCCGGCUACGUCGAACCUAUGGCAACGCCGGCGCUGAGCUUGUUGCCGCGGGAACAGCUGGCGCGUCUGGUGCGCGGCUCCACGAAGCUGGAGGUGAUGGAGGGUAACCUAGGUUACCUGCGGCUGGACCGGAUCGUGGGGCGGGAGACGGCGGCCCGGCUGGGCGCAGCAGGGUUCGGGUUCCUGCAGGAGAACGUGUGGAACCGCGCGGCUAGAACCCGGGCGCUGAUCCUGGACCUGCGCCACAGCGUGGGAGGCGAGCUCUCGGGGGUUCCGCAGGUCGUGACCUUCUUCUCCGACGCCGGAACGCCGGCGACCCUCAUCGAGACCGUCUACGAGCGGCCGAGCAACUCCACACGCCAGCUCUGGACGCUGCCGCGCAUCCCGGGGCAACGCUACGGCCGCCGCAAGGACCUGGUGGUGCUGGUGAGCAAGCGUACGAGCGGAGCGGCCGAGGCUCUGGCCUACGCGCUGCAGAACCUGAAACGGGCCAUCGUGCUCGGAGAACGCACCUCGGGGGGGUCCGUGAGGGUGGACAAGAUCCGCCUCGACGACAGCUCCGGGUUCUACAUCACCGUGCCGACCGCGCGCUCCACCAGCCCCGUGACGGGGCAGAGCUGGGAGGUCAACGGGGUCACGCCGUCCGUGCCCGUCAGGCCGAAGGAGGCGGUGUCCCGGGCCAAGGCCCUCAUCGUCGCCAGGGCGACCAUCCCGAGGGCGGUCCGGAGCGUGUCCGAGCUCAUCCGCAGGUUCUACGCGUCCAGGGACAAGGUCCGAGCGCUGCUCGAGCGCCUGGAGACCGCCGACUUCUUCGCCGUCGUCUCCGAGGACGAGCUGGCGGCCAAGCUCAACUACGAGCUGCAGGCCGUGUGUGAGGACCCCCGGCUGGUGGUCAAGACGACCGACUCCGCACCCGGCGACCCCGAGGAACCCACGGCAACGACGCCCGGCGACGACUCGUCGGACCUCGCUAGCGCGCUAACGCUACCGGACGACGUGUUCACGGUGGAGGUGCGGUCGGGGAACACGGGAUACUUGCGCUUCGACCGGUUCCCGGACGGCGCCGCGCUCUCUCGAUUGGAGCGGCAGAUGGUGCGGAAGGUGUGGGAGCCAAUCAGAGACACCGAGCGCCUGAUCAUCGACCUGCGCGCCAACACGGGCGGCCCCUCGGGGGCGCUCUCGCUCCUCCUCUCCUACCUGCACGAGCGCAGCCCACCUGUGCUGUUCUACACGCUCUACGACUCCGUCCAGAACAGCACCACGGAGUUCCGCACCCUCGCCACCCUGGGCCCGGUGUACGGCUGGCAUCGCGACGUCUACGUCCUGACCGGUCAACACACGGCGGAGGCGGCCGAGGAGUUUGCGUACCUGCUGCAGUCUCUUCGCCGCGCCACGCUAAUCGGCGAGAUCACCUCGGGGAACCUGCUGCACUCGCGCUCCUUCCGACCCGAGGGCACGCGUAGCAUCCUGGUCACCGUCCCCGUGCUGAACCUCGUGGACACACACACGGGCGAGUGCUGGCUGGGAGGCGGCGUGGUCCCGGACGCCAUCGUGCCGGCCGACGAGGCCGAGGAGACGACGGCCGGCGACAUCGUCGCGUUCCGCGGCGAGAUGCGGACGCUGGUGGAGGGGGCGGGGGCGUUGCUAGGCGACCACUACGCGUUCCCCGAGGCCGCGGCUCGGGUGCGGACGUUCCUGGAGGCCAAGCGGCGGGACGGCUCGUAUCGCUCCGUGACGGACUACGAGUCCCUGGCCUCCCAGUUGACCUCUGACCUCCAGGAGACGUCAGGUGACCACCGGCUGCACGUGUUCUACUGCGACGACGUGGAGCCCGAGGCCCCCCCUCCCCCUCCUCCCCACGAGCUGCCCAAGCUGCCGUCCAGCGACGACGACGACGACGACAACGCCGCCCGCGUCAUCGACGCGCUCUUCAAGAUGGACGUGUUGCCCGGCAACACCGGCUACCUGCGCUCCGACUCCAUGCCGGACGCCGAGGCUCUGAAGGCCGUCGGCCCGCAGCUGCUGACACAGGUGUGGGGGGUGCUGGUGUGGACGGAUGCUCUGGUCAUCGACCUGCGCUACAACACGGGCGGCUACUCCUCGUCCAUCCCGCUGCUCUGCAGCUUCCUGUUCGGCCCCGAGCCGUCGCCACGGCACCUGUACUCCGUCUACGACCGCGCAUCCUCGUCCACCACCGAGGUCACGACCCUGCCGCAGGUGGGGAAGGGCGCGCGCUACGGCGAGCAGAAGGACGUGUACGUGCUGACCAGUCACAUGACGGGCUCGGCGGCGGAGGCGAUGGCGCGCGCGCUGCAGGAGCUGCGGAGGGCGAUGGUGGUCGGCGAGGCAACGGCGGGCGGCUCUCUGUCCAGCGGAAUGUACCAGAUCGCCGGCAGCAUCCUGUACGUGUCCGUGCCCAAUCAGGCCGUGCUGAGCGCGGCCAAUGGGAAGCCCUGGAGCCUCUCGGGGGUGGAGCCUGACGUCGCCGCCCAGGGGGCCGACGCCCUCAACGUCGCCAAGAGACUCAUCGCCAGGCAACGCCAGAAGGACGCCAGGAGAGGGCGCGGCUAA